AGAGAAACAGUGGAGAGAGAAACCAACUGCAAAACCCCAACAACCCUCCGUUUCGUCUGCUCCAAUGGAAUGGAAGCAACCUACACCUAAACCCUGUGAGUGUCAUGGUGAGUGAGCACAACCAGAACCCCAACCACCCAAAACCGAGGGCCAGCAUUCAACUGGGAUAUGAUAGGACACCAAAAGGAACGUUCAGAAGCCAGAAAGGAACACCCGAAGGCUACGGCAAAGGUGAAAUGUGGAAAGCUUUUAUCAGAUGUGGAAGGGCGAUAAAUGUAUAUGUGGCAAAGAAAAAGGACAAGUGGGGACAGAGCUUUGGAUUUGUUCGAUUCCUAGCGGUUAAGAACAUCAAAGACAUGGAGAUUAAACUGAACCAGAUCAAAGUUGGGCAGAGGACGAUCCAAGCAAAUAUGGCUAGAUUCUCCAACGCUGAAGAUCAGAUUAAACAAAAAUCUCACUCUGCACUCCAACAUGAUCAUAAGGAGUUAAAAGAUUUAGUUGAACACGGGAAGGAUUGGUUGGCUCAGUGGUUUUCUGAUGUGAGACCAUGGACACCAACGGAAGUAGCUUCUGAAAGGUUUACUUGGCUAAGAUGCCAAGGUGUCCCCAUACACAUUUGGAGAAGCAGUUUCUUUGAAACUGUGGCCCAUUUAUUUGGAAAAUUCAUAUCACUAGAUGUUAGCGCAAUAAAAAAGAAGAGAUUAGAUGUGGCAAAAAUCCUUAUCUUGACCCCAGUCCAGGAGAACAUUCAAAGGGUCUUAAGAGUCAAGGCUGGAAGGAAUAUCUUCCAGAUUCGUGUUAACGAGGAGAUUGGAGUUGAUAAUUUGUUCAGCUUGAGAUCAGAUUUCAACUUAAUUAGUGAUGGAGGAUCAAUUUCAGAGGAAUGGUUGGAUGAGUCCAAUGGCGACUUUCAUGAACAUGGUAAAUGGGACGGUAAUUGGCAAGUAGUAGAAAAGGACGAUGAAGUGCAGCCACUCUCGGGGAUGGCAGAAUUAGCGCUGGCAGAGUCAGAACGGUCAAUGAAUAUGAGUAUGGAAGAAGUAAAGAUCUCUGAAAAGAUCUAUCCGCAUGAGGGCUCAUUAAAUGCAGCAUGUCAAAACUCAAAUUCAUUGGCUGCAGAUGAGGAACCCAAGGUGAAUGGUAGAAAGGCUGCUUCGGAUAAUUCUCUGAAGAGUGUAGAAGACAAAAGGGGUGGUGUUAUGAAGCUAAGCAGAGAACAUCCUAAUUCAUGCAGCGAACUAAAUCCAAGCCCAGGCCCAAGACAAAAUACCUUUGCUUUAGGCCAAAGUAGGCUGAACCAACUUGGGGUUAAGCCCAAUCAUGGUGAUAAGGGUAGAUAUGGAAUCACAUCAAAUAAUGAGGAAUCGAAGAUGGAGAUAUGUGAUGACAGGAAAUGCAAGCUUAUGUGGGGCAGGGACAACUGCAGGUGGGUAAUGAAAGCUGCUCAUAGGAGAUCUGGAGGAGGUGACUUCAACGCAAUCCGUAGUAGAGAAGAGAAAAGAGGAAGACAUUUUGAUUCUAUUGCCAUGAGAGACUUUAAUAGUUUUAUUGACGAAGCAGGAUUAGAAGGUUUGCGAUUGUUGGGAGGGAGUUUUCCUUGUUUCAGUUUUGUUGGUUCGGCAUUGGUUGGAUUGAAGGAGAAAUUUAAAAUGCUAAAGAAUGACUUAAAGGAAUGGAAUAGGGAGGUGUUUGGGCACAUUGACAGGAAAUUAGAGAAGAUAAGAUGCGAGAUCAAGAAUUUAGAUGACAUAGUUGAAAAUGGAGGUCUAUCAGAAUCUGAAAUUGAACAAAGGCGAUCUUGCUUUCAGCAAUUCUGGGAGUGGAACUCGAGAAAGGACAGCCUGUUAUUUCAAAAGUCAAGGCAGAAAUGGCUCCAGGAAGGUGAUGCCAACAGCAAAUUUUUCCAUGGAUGCAUUGUGAAGAGAAGAAGAAGAAAUGGGAUAGAAGGUGUUAUGAAGAAUAAUACUUGGGUUGAGGAAGUCCCAAAGGAUAAAAGCUGGCUGACGGUAAAGUUCUCAGAAGAAGAAGUAAAGGAAGCUGUGUGGAAUUGCAAUGGGAGUAAAAGCUUGGGACUUGAUGGAUUCAACUUCAACUUCAUUAAAAGAAUGUGGCCAACCAUAAAGCAAGACAUUGUAGCCUUCGUCAAAGAAUUUUGGGAGAAUAGGAAAUUGGUGAAAGGAAGAAAUUCAUCCUUCAUAGCCUUAAUCCCAAAGAAAGAAUCUCCACAAGGCUUAGGGGAUUUCAGGCCUAUCUCCCUAAUCGAAUGCUUGUAUAAAAUAAUCUCUAAGCUUCUUACUAAUAGAUUGAGAAAGGUGAUGCCACUGAUCAUUAGCCAAAACCAGUCAGCAUUUGUAGGAAAGAGACACAUUGUAGAUGGUAUUGUAAUUGCAAAUGAGGUUAUCCAUGAAGCCAAGAAGAGAAGGAGGCCCACAUUGAUAUUCAAAGCUGAUUUUGAAAAAGCCUACGAUAGUGUCAAUUGGAAUUUUUUAAAUUUGAUGAUGGAAAAAUUCGAAUUUUGUCUAAAAUGGAGAAAGUGGAUCAUGGAAUGCUUAGCUACUUCAACUGUUUCUGUUCUAGUGAAUGGUAGUCCUAUAGCGGAAUUUAGCAUGGAAAAAGGUUUGCGACAAGGUGAUCCCUUAGCCCCAUUCUUAUUCCUUUUAGUUGUUGAAGCACUUAACGGGUUGAUUCACAAAGCAAAGGAGUUAAAUAUGUACAAGGGAGUGGAGGUGGGAGAGGAACGGCUAGAGGUAGAGGAUAUAAGUGAAUGGGCAAAAUCUCUAAACUAUGUGGUGGGUGCAGUGCCAUUCAAAUAUCUCAGGAUACCAGUUGAAGCUAACCCAAAGAAGCUAUCAACCUGGGCACCUGUUAUUGACUGCCUGAGACACAAAUUGUCAAACUGGAAAUGUGAAUCGCUGUCCUUUGGUGGAAGAAUUGUCCUCCUUAAUGCUAUCCUGUCAAGUAUCCUGGUCUACUUCUUUUCAACCAUGAGAGCACCUAAAAAGGUAUCUAAUUUGCUGGCCUUAAUUCAAAGGAGAUUUCUAUGGGGAGGUAAGGAGGGUUAUAGGAAAAUAGCAUGGGUGAGUUGGGAGAAAGUAUGUAGAAGUAGAAAAGAGGGAGGAUUAGGUGUUAAAGACUUGGACAGAUUUAAUAUGGCUCUCUUAGGAAAAUGGAGAUGGAGGUUGGUGGUUGAAAAAGAGGCAUUAUGGAACAGGGUAGUAGAGGCAAAAUAUGGGGUUCAUAAGAAAAGGGAUUGGGAGGGGAAAAAUGUGAAGCAUAAUUGUUCAUAUUGGUGGAAGGCAGUGUGGAAGCUAGAUAAAGAAGUAGGGCAUAAUGAGGGAUGGGUUUACAAGGGCUUGGUGAAAAGUGUGGGGGAAGGGAACGACACGUUCUUUUGGAAGGAAGGCAAGACAACUGGAGUUGGAAGCAUGAUCCGAAUGGAUCUUACUCAACAAAAUUUGCUUACUCCCGUUAAAUAUCAAUAUAGAGGAGCAGGAAUCAAUUCAAUUCAGCAGGUAUGGAAUCCUAUGGUGCCACUUAAAGUCUCAGCUUUUGUGUGGAAAUUUUUGCAAAAUAGAAUUCCUACUGGUGAAAAUUUGCUAACAAGAGGCAUAGGUGGAGGUGUUCUUAGAUGUGAAGGUUGGAAGCAUCUGCAGCAACACACAGGCAUGAUACGAAAUGGAAAAUUAAAAGAAGCUUGGUAUGUGUCAUGGUUCUUAGUUAUCUGGUCCAUUUGGCCAUGGAGAAACCAAUUAACUUUCAAGGAAGGCAAGGACACUCCUGAUACAGUGCUGGAAUUAAUCAAGGUACGCUCACUUCACUGGAUUAAGGCCAAGACUAAUUCUGAAUUGGCUAAAGAACAAUGGUGGAAGAAUCCUAAGGAAGCGCUUAAAUGAAAUAGAAUUAGCUUGUGAUUAAGUAGUGGGUUUGAUCUGAUUUUGUAAUUCAAGAUAUUUGCAGGAUGAUGUAACGGGUUGGAGUACCUCUUGUACUCCUGUUUCUAAUUUAAUUAAUCUUCAUUUUGCCAAUAAAAAAAAUUAAUAUAU